AUGCUUCGUUCAUCUUUCCAUUUGUGUUUAGGAGUUCACUCAAAAAACGCCUUUGUUGUUCUACCGAAGCAUAUUAUAACUUCACUUCAUAGUGCUCCAUCAGAAAGUGCUAAGCACUUGGCAGAUCGUUUAAUCCAAGGUGAUCGUGCAUGUCUAGCACGAGCAAUUACACUUUUGGAGUCAACGAAUACUGAACGUCGGGUUGAAGGUCAAUACAUACUUGAUACAGCGAUAAAAUAUUUAGCAAAUCAAGAAUCAACCACUGGAAAAUAUACAUUCAGAAUUGGUCUUUCUGGUCCUCCUGGUGCUGGGAAAAGUACAUUUAUUGAGGCCUUUGGUAGUCGUCUUACAGGCAGUAAACCAUGGAAUCCUGUUGUUGUCAACUCGUCUAGACACUCCUAUGCAUCAAAUAAGAACACAUCAGAUACAGAAAGAUAUUUAAGUGAAGAAGUUAAAAGAUCUCGUCGUGUAGCUGUUUUAGCUAUUGAUCCUUCUUCACAAACCACUGGUGGUAGUCUCUUAGCUGACAAAACUCGAAUGUCUGAAUUAGCUAACGAUUUGAAUGCUUAUAUACGACCAUCUCCAAGUGGUGGCAAUUUGGGUGGUGUUGCUCGAACGACCAGUGAAUCAAUUUUACUUUGUGAAGCAGCAGGUUUUGAAACUGUCCUGAUAGAAACUGUGGGUGUUGGUCAGUCUGAAUUUGCUGCAGCUGAUAUGGUAGAUAUGUUCAUUUUAAUCAUUCCUCCUGCUGGUGGAGAUGAACUGCAAGGUAUAAAACGAGGUAUUGUUGAGGUUGCUGACUUAGUUCUCGUCAAUAAAGCAGAUGGGGAACUUCUACCUGCCGCUCGUCGUAUUGCUAGUGAAUACUCAAAUGCUCUCAGAUAUAUGCGUUCACGAAGACCAAAUUGGACUCCAAAAGUAAAACUUGUGUCUAGUCUAAAUGGUGAUGGUCUAACAGAAUUCUGGUCUACUGCGUGUGAAUUUCAUUCUAGUCAAAUUAAGUCGGGUGAAUUACAAAGAAUACGAAAAGAACAAUUAAAAAUAUGGAUGUGGACAUUUAUCAAGGAGGGACUUUGGUGUCGAUUUAAAAAUAGUCCAGUGAUUAAAGAACAAACAAAAGAAAUUGAAACGCUGCUAUUUAACAGAGAAAUUGCUCCUGGUAUAGCCGCUGAAAGAUUAAUGGAUCUUUAUUACAAAACUUUUCCAAGAUAG